AUUGUUUGUGGUUUACUCUUAUGGCUCGAUUGCAUGAUUUGUGUUCAUCAAUAUAUUAAUCACAAUCAGUUCAAUUCAAAUCAAUUCUUUAAUCUGUAUGUCUGCCUUAAAGGUUACGCAUAUUUUUAUUAUUAACUAUACUAUUCAAUUCUGAAUGAAUCUAUCUUAUUAUCUAACCGAGAACAAUCUAAGUAUCGUUAUCACCAUGAGGACGAGAAAUUUAGAGAUGAUUUUUAACGGAAACGGAAAACGGAAAUAUAUAUAUUAUUUUAGAAUCUGAUCACAAUACUUUUGUCAAAAUAGUGACAAAUAGAUGUAAACUAUUGUUUUGUUCUUUUAGCAUAAAGCAGCUGAGCAUCGUGUUAUACACAUAUCGUUAAACUUUUAUAUAGGAAAAAAUAUUAUUAAAAAAUGGACAAAAAUAAAUCAUCGACGGUAAAACUUUUGUCUUAAAUGAGAAAUCCAGUUAGGUGCAGAGUUAAGAACGAUAUUGUGAAUCCCCUCCAUGGCGCAAGACUAUGAAUAAAAACAAAAGAAGCUAAAUGAUAAGCACCGGAGUCUGCUUACGUCGUAUGGUUUGCGGGGCAGUAAGUGCAAAUGAUGUACGCUAAUUAUUUUAUUUAAAAACUCCUUAUUUAUAUGCUUGUGAUUUCAUAUGAUAAUACUUAAUUCAUGGUGCUUGAAGAUUAUUCAAAUUGAACAUUGAGAUCUUAAUUCACAUUUAUUGCUCUCGAGCAGAAAAAAAAAUAUCAACGGUUGAAUAGUUUGUUUUCAAGGUCAUCGAAAGUAUAUGUUUUAUUUGAUAGGAGCACUCUUCAAACAUAAAACUAGUUAACAUUUGGCCACGAGCGUCAUUUGUAUGGUGUGAUCAGUGUUAUCAACAUGUGCAAGUUAAAUUUGCUGGUUCAUUUUGCUCUGUUUUGCACAACGGUCGGUGUGCAAUGUGACUCAAGUGCCGAAACAUCGAGUGAUGUAAAAGGAGGUUUUGCGUUUGAAAUGAUCAUGACAAAACUAAUACAGCUAGAAGAUCAUAUUAAACUGAAGGACGAUGCAUUGGAAAAAAGCUAUAAGGAGUUAAAUUGCAGGAUUGAAAAUUAUGUACAAAACAAGGACAAAGAAAACGAAAUAAACGAAAAUGUUUAUAAAUCUUGCAAUGCUGCACCAUUUGCUUCUUCUGGUGUAUAUAAAAUACAACCUGAAAAGCCAUUUAAAGAGCCAAUUACUGUUCUGUGCGAUCAAGAGUACGAAUCAGGCGGCUGGAUUGUGAUACAGCAUCGUUUUGACGGAUCGACAAACUUCUAUCGGAACUGGAAGGAGUACAAGAAUGGGUUCGGAAAUCUGGACGGAGAGUUUUGGCUGGGUUUGGAUCGUAUUUAUCAGUUGACUGUGUCGCAACCACAUGAACUGAUUGUACUGCUGGAGGAUUUUGAUGGGAAUAAAACGUUCUCCAGAUACGAUCACUUUGAAAUAGGUGAUGAAGGCCAAAAGUAUUCGGUCAUGAAAAUAGAAAAAUACUCAGGAACGGCUGGAGAUGCUUUCAGCGGCACUAAAAAUGUUAAGUUUUCUACAUUUGAUGCGGAUAAUGAUACCUGGGACAAUCAUUGUGCAGUGAAGUUUACCGGAGCCUGGUGGUAUAGCAAUUGUCAUUCAAGCAAUCUUAAUGGAAAAUAUCUGAAAGGCGAAACGAAGGAAUAUGCUACAGGAAUGGUGUGGUCAUCGUUUCGUGGACAUUAUUAUGCACUAAAAACUGCGAAAAUGAUGAUAAGGCCAAAAAUGUAAUCGGCAUUCCAUGCGACACAAAACUUAAAGGGUUUUCUAAGUCACUUUCAAAUGUAAACAUUUAUAUUCGCCGCGUGCAAGAUGUUAAUCCACAUCAAUCUGAUAUUUCAUUUGCAUCAAAAUAAUAUUAUCCACAUGAACACCCUGAAGCUCAACUGAAGUGUUGAAAAUAAUGUGUUGAUAUUGAAACUUCAUUUUGAACAAAUAAACCAUUUGACAGCUGUUGAUAAACAUCUUGGAUGUGAUGAAUAAUUAUGUGCACAUUCGAAAGUGUCUUGGGAAACCCUGUAAUAAUAACCUAAACAAAUAAUUAUUGGACAGUGAUUUCAU